CAAUGCAACAAGCUUCUUUUGAAAUAGGGAAGAGAGAAUAUUCCUACAAAGAAAAAGUGAAACAAACUGUAAAACAAAGCCAACAGGGUGACAUUAAUUAUCCACUUAACUUUCCUUUUGAUUUGACUGUCAUGCAAAUAAUAAUUAUAGUAAAUAUCAUUCAAAGUGACUUGAUGUCUUGAGGAAACUGACCUGCAUAAAUCUAUAAAAGUGCUUCAUAUGCGUGAAUGGAUAUCCAACAGUUUUCCCCUAAUAACCUGGGCUGGAUUUAAAAAUAAAUAAAAUAAAAUAAAAAAAAUCAUAGCUGCAUGAAGGUUAUUGAGGUUGGAUUUUGCUGUGUCACAGAGGAUAUACAGUUUAUAGAGAGACAGCAGCAUUCAUGUCAAGACACCUUAUUUAGGCAGUAUAAUACAUUUCUGCCUCUAUGCCAGACACACCCAUUCUGCAGAAUGGGUGUGGAGAAUAGAGCUGUUCUACAUGGCUUCUGGUCUUUCAACAGUCUUUCUCCACCUUUCUCUGCCUGUAACCCAGCUAUUGACAACUAUCAGGACUCUGAGUGUAUGGAAAAAUGGCUGCUUGACCCCAGCACUAGCAGCACUUAUAGCUCUAUGGUUUAACAAAAAAGAAUAUUGCAGUAUUUAAAUAAGCUGUAAAGCAAGAUUUGCAUUAUUACACUGCAUUAUUGUAAUUUUUGCACUGGUUAUUUACGAAUGCGCUUUUUGAUAAUGUGCACAGAGAACCAAAGACAGAAUGAGGCCACCAUUGGAAGCUCCUCGGAUGGUGCAGAGGAGUACCAGAUGGGCAACAAACGACGAGGUCUUGCACUCAUUUUUAACCAGGAAGAGUUCUUCUGGCGCCUGGAACUGUCAGGGAGGAGUGGAACCAAAGUUGAUCGUGACAACUUGGAGAAAAGACUGAAGGAUCUAAACUUUGAAGUGAAGUGUCACAAUAACCUCAAGCUGGAGGCAGUCCUAGAUGAAAUCGCAAAAGCUGCGGAGGCAGAUCACUCAGAUGCUGAUUGCUUUUUGCUCGCCUUCCUGAGUCACGGAGAGGAUAACCACGUUUAUUGCCACGAUGGAAAAAUCAGUAUCCAGGAGAUCACGUCCAUGUUCAAAGGGGACAAGUGCCCGGACCUUGUUGGAAAGCCAAAGAUCUUCAUAAUACAGGCAUGUCGUGGAAAAGAGUUUGAUGUGUCAGUUGCAGUGACCGAAGCUUCUACGAUGGAGUCUGAAGAAAAGGUGUUCAUGGAUGCCAGCACCAUACAGACCCUCCCUGCUGGGGCUGAUUUCAUCAUGUGCUAUUCUGUGGCUCAGGGCUACUACUCCUUCCGGGAGAGAGAAAACGGUUCGUGGUAUAUCCAGGAUCUCUGUCAGCUGCUUCAAAAGUAUGGUGAUAGCCUUGAAUUCACAGAGUUACUCACGCGGGUCAACAGAAAAGUGUCACUGAGGAAUAUUCCAACACCAUGUCAACCAAGAUUUAUCGGGAAGAAGCAAAUGCCUUGUUUCGCUUCAAUGCUCACCAAGAAACUUUACUUCCGACCAAAAAAGUAACACUGUCACACCUCAGUCUUUCAAUAAGCGGGUUUAUGUGGGUUUUUUUUUUUAACUAGAUAGGGCUUCUGAACAGGAAUUCACACUUGGAACUAGAUUAGGACUAAAUGUAUAUAAUUUUCUGUAUCACCAUCUGAAUAUGAACACAUGCAAAGUGACCAUCUAAUGCAGUUUAUUGCUUCAUUCAGCGCCUGUUAGGCUCUAUGGGGGUCAUAUGUAAAACAUGUUUCUUUGGCAAAGAAUUAGUGUUGUUCUUAUGGCAAAAUUUAAAUAACUAAACAGUGAAAACGUGGUUUCCAGAAGAUGAAAGCAAACAAACAAAUGAACUCUUUAAUCUUGGUCAGACUUUCCCAGUUAUCUCUGAAUGCAAACCAAUAGUUGGGAUUAUAAUGGAGUCCAACCCAACAACCCCUACAGUAACUGAUAUUUGAACUGUUGUUGGAAAUAGAGAUGCUGUUUUACUUAGUGAACACAACUGUGGCUGUCUUCUGACUAAGUUGAAUAUCCAUCCAUCCAUCCUCUCCUGCUUAUCCAAUUCAGGGUUGUCAGGGCCAGCUGCCAUAGGUCGAGAGGCAGGGUACACCCAGGACAGGUUGCCAGUCUGACUAAGCUGCUUAUGACACAAAAUAUAACAAGAUCUAAUGAGUUUAUAGAGAACAUCCAAUUGAAAAUCAGUUGUAUUUACCUCAGGCCUGUAGUUGUGGCUAUCCAUCUUGAUUGCAUUAGUAAUGAAUUAAUUACAGAGUUUUGUGAUAGCAGCUGUUGAAACAACCACUCUGCCUGAAUUUAACACAACUAAAUGGCACUUAUCUCGUAAGACACAAGGACCCAGAAAUAUAUUUCUCAGAUGUCCCCUUUCAGGAAUUAUUUCCUGAGUAUUAAAAAGAGUUCAUGUGGGAAUGCCAGGAUGUUCAAGUUAGUGGCUGAGCUUCACGUUUCUUUUGAUGAUCAGAUUUAGUUCCAUACAAGGAAAAUAGUUCUUAAAUUUGACUUGUCGUUUUAGUCCUUUAAGCAUAACGAGAUAACUGACAUUUAAUUUUAUUAUAUAAAAGAGAAGGCAGACAUGCCUGGAGCUGGAAAUGAAGAAAAGGCACUACAGGCCAGAGGAAAACUAGCAGAGAUGUUUUGUUCUGGGGGACAGGGGUGUGUAAAAGACAACAAAUUUGCCAAAACGGGCAACAUUAAAACUACUGUCAUCGUUUAAAUACUGCCAUUGAUGGCGUAGCUGUGUUAAAUUUGGUAUUCCUGUUAGUUUUUCUAUCCCCGUCCAUGUGGAUUACAACCCAUCUGUAUUUAAAUUAUGAUGGUUAUGAAUCAGUCUUUUUCGGCUGCUUCGUAAAACUACUGAAAUAACUUUGGUAGUACAGAACGAUGUCUUACUGCACGGCAGUGCGUUCAGUUUGCCUUCUUUUAUAACAAGUUCAAAGCACAUAGUUUGCAGCGGCCUUGAACACCGAGCUGUUCACCGGCUCAGCGCUGUCUGUGGAAGCUUGAAAACUCAGGGAGUCUGUUUCACGGGUUUUUGAGGAUUUUUUUUUUCAGCCAGACAAAUAUUUUCCAGUUCAUCUUCAGAAAUAGGCGACAUGCAGUGCAUUCCACUUAAAACUGGAAUUUCUUAGUUCUUAGCUGGAAUUUUCCGGUGGAAUGCUCCUACUCAUCAGUUUCAUUAUUAUCUCACUAUAAGCCUCAAGUAGCCAACACUUUAACAAACUGUCCAAGCACUACAUAAACAGUGUGUUUCCUUAAGCCUUACUGCUUUACAAAGGGAUUUCAUGUUCUUUAUGUGUCAGUAACUUAUAGUACAUUUACUCCUGCAUAUUUGCACCUAGACGACAAUACCAGUGUGAAAAGUACCUCAGGGAGGAGGGUGUGUUCUUUAAAGUUGUACUUUGGACCUAAAACUGUGUCAUGUGGUGUAUGUGUGUGGCGUGGGUGGGGUGAAUAUGCCAGAACACACAACAAUGCUGUAUUUUUGUGGUCAUAAUUUAGUUACUUUACUUGCCCUCAAUAAAAAGGUGUUUUAUAAAAA